UUCGAUGGCAUUUCUCAUGUGACAGCUGUGGGCGAAUGAAAAUAAUGAUAAGCCAAGUCGGACGAGAGCUCUACAAGGUGCCGCUCCGCAUUCUAGACCAUCGCGUGUUUGUUAACGGCGAGAUCGAGGCUUUUCUCGAGAACUUCGAGGUGCGGCGCAACGACAGCGAAGUGGAGAAACUUUUUCAGGUCACCGAGACAGUGGGAUCUCUGAGGUACGAUCUCUCCCGGUGCAGUGCAACCGGCAGCGGCAGCGGAACCGAGAACCUCGGCCAACUGGACACGGAGGUCAACCAUCUGCUGGCCGGGGUCAACGCACUCUUGACGAAAGCGAAGGUGGAACGAACUGCUAGCACCCAGUUGCAGGAGGCGCGACUGGCACGUGAACAACGCCGGGCGGAGUUUCUAACCAAUUUGGAGCACGGCUAUCGUCGCAUCGAGAACUCGUUUGAGGAAAAGGAAGAGGAAAUCGCGGAGCUCUACUCGGAUUUGCAACUGAAACUGAACAUUGCCAAGUAG